GGAGGUGGCCUAGAGUGGCCAUCUCCAGCUUGGAUUUUCUGGUGGUUCUGUGUCGACGUCGUUGCGGGCUCGCGGAAGGAAUGGGGAUGUUACCGAGGGGGUCCUGGCGUCCAUCCCCGGGCGGAAGUCGGCUGCGCCGGGACGGGGGCGCCGCGCGCCGCGCGCCGAGCUUGCAGCGGCAGGUGCUGAGGACUUGAUGAGUCACAUCUCCCCAGUGCUUGUGAAGAAUGCCUGCCUCCUCACCUCAGAAACUACAAGGUUGUAUGUUGCCUUUCCAGAUCCCUGGAGCAGGCCACGCCAUGCAUGCUGCAGGAUUUCCCAGCAUCCCACAGCUGCCCUCUGCCCCGCUGCUGUACUUGAAGACUUCAGUUGCCCACUCAGCUUCCAGAUCCUGAGGAAACCAGAGAGGACAUGCCUGCUGACAUGAGCUUCUGCCUGAAGCCCCAGGGCCAGGGGGCAGAGGAGCAGGAUGGACCCUGUGAGAAAUUGGUGUCCUUUGAGGAUGUGACUGUGGACUUCAGCUGGGAGGAGUGGCAGCAGCUGGACCCUGUCCAGAGAUGCUUGUACCAGGACGUGAUGCUAGAGACCUACAGCCACCUCUUGUCAGUGGGAUAUCCUAUUCCCAGCCCAGAGGUCAUCUUUAGGAUGAAGAAAGACAAGGAAACAUGGAUGUGGGAGGCUGAAUCCUCAUGUCAGAUUGGCCACGGUCAAGGGGACUCAAAGCUUGACACAGCACAAAUUCCUGUGAAAGCUUCAUUUCUGAAUGAUGGGAUUGGCAAGGUUAUGAGGUACAGUUCAUGGUGUUCCAUUUCAGAAGAACUGUGGCAGGAUGCUGCCCUAACUAAGAGAGAUCAGCAGAACCAGAUUCCACCCUUGAGGCCUGGUGCUUUCCUCAGCAAGAAAACACUGAGCACAGACAGGGGUUGUGAAUGUGAUGAGCCUGGGGAAACCAUUCCUUUGGGGUACCUCCUCAUUUCUACACAAAGGGGACCUCCAAUAUGUUGCUCAUUUGCAAAAAGUGUGAAGCCUGUCAUAGAAGUAAAUCAAAGCAGUGUCACAAAACAGCCGAAUGAUGUUGUAUCUAGUCAGCUCUUCACAGAAGACUCGUCUAACACUAACCUGACAGCUUCUCAUAGUCGAGAGGAAAUGUGCACAGAUCAUCAGUUUGGCAAAACUCUCAGCCACAAACCACCACCUAUUCAGCAUGAAGUACUUUUUCACAAACUGAUUGAAUGUACUGUGUGCAGGAAGGUCUUCACUGGCAGGUCAGCUUUCUGUCAACAUCAGUUAACUAGCACUAGGGAGACACCUUUUGUCUGUCACACAUGUGGGAAAGCCUUCCUUCAGAGGUCUGAGUUGACUUCCCAUGAAGGAACUCACAUAGGAGAGAAGCCUUAUGAAUGCCUUGACUGUGGGAAACCGUUCAGUUAUCUAUCCCAGCUGAAGGUGCAUCAUCGAAUACACACUGGUGAGAGACCUUAUGAGUGUUCUGACUGUGGGAAGUCCUUCAGCCAGAAGUCAGUCCUUAGUGCCCACCAGAGAACUCACACCGGAGAGAAGCCAUACACAUGCAGUGACUGUGGGAAAUUGUUUGCUCAUGCAUCAGAUCUGAAGAAACAUCGUCGGUGUCACACAGGGGAGAAGCCUUACAAGUGCCAUGACUGUGGCAAGUUAUUCAGUACCAAAUCCCACCUGCAGAUACAUCACCGAAUGCACACUGAUGAGAGACCUUACAGAUGCUGCAACUGCGGGAAGUCAUUCAGGAGAACAUCCCACCUGAAGGUGCAUCAUCGAAUUCACACUGGUGAGAAACCUCAUUUGUGUUCUGACUGUGGGAAGGCCUUCAGCCAUAAGUCAGGCCUCAUCACCCAUCAGAGAAUUCACACUGGGGAGAAGCCCUACACAUGUGCAGACUGCGGGAAAGCCAUGUCUUCUAAGGGCCAACUCAGAGAGCACCAGAGGAUUCACACAGGUGAGAAGCCCUAUGUGUGCACCGAGUGCGGGAAAGGCUUCAGUGGCAGGUCCUCUUUACAUACCCAUCGGAGAACUCACAGUGGGGAGAGACCUUUUGUCUGCCACAGAUGUGGGAAGGGCUUCCUGCGGAAAUCACGAUUGACAUCCCAUCAACAAACUCAUACCAGAGAGAAGACUUAGGAACACUGUGACUGGGAAAUUGUCCUGUGAUGCAUAUCAACUGAAGGUGCAUCAUCAGAGUCACGGGGAGGGGAGUGUUACCAGUACUGUGAGAACUCAACAACUGAAGAUGCAUCACUAAAAAUUCAAAAUGGGGAGAGUCCUCGUGUGUGUCUGAACGCAGGAAGGCCUUCAACAACAUGUCAGAUUUCAGUAGACAGAUGCAACUCUUCCCAGAAACAUUAUAUACACUGGUACCAAAUAAAAAGCUUUAUUUAUACAAAGUUAA